AUGCCAAAUUUUUCUUUUUCAACGGCCCAUAAUUUCCUCCGUUUCACUCCUGAAUCUUUGGAUGCAAUUAAAAAGAGAAUUGCUGAGAAAGAAGCCAAUCGCGCCAAAGCCUCAGAAAAGGACAAUAAUGAAACACAAGAAGAAAAUAUUCAACCACAGCUUGAUCUGAAAGUUUUAAAAAAGCUACCUAUUCUUUAUGGGAAGCCCCCUCCUUGGCUGAUUGGAGAACCAUUGGAGGAUGUUGACCCCUAUUACAAGGAUCAUGAGACAUUUAUGGUGCUAUCGUCCCGAAGCAGAAUCUUUCGAUUUACAGCCUCCAAAUCUUUAUUUUUAUUUAAUCCAUUCCACCCACUAAGAAGACUAGCCGUAAAAAUUUUAAUACAUGUUUUGUUUAUUGCAUUUAUAACAUGUGUUGUUCUUGUCAACUGUGUUUUUAUGGCUUUAAACAGUCCUCCAACUGAUGGCAACACUACUGAAAUUAUUUUCACAAGCAUUUAUACAGCGGAGUUCGUAAUCAAAGUGGUAGCACGAGGAUUUGUUUGUAAUGAAUUCACUUAUCUGCGAGAUCCUUGGAAUGUUUUGGACUUCUUUGUUUUAAUUAUGACAUAUGUAGCUUUCAAUCAAAAAUUUGGCAGCAUUUCAGCUCUCCGAAUUUUCAGGAUACUGAGAACUUUAAAAGCAGUUUCUGUAAUUCCAGGCUUGAAAGUCAUUAUAUCUUCCCUUCUUCAGUCGGUGAAAAAACUUGCAAAUGUGAUGUUGCUGACAGUUUUCUUCUUGGCUGUGUUUGCACUGGUUGGUCUUCAGCUCUUCAUGGGUAACUUAAGAUAUAAUUGUGUUCCCUGUUUGGUUCUUACUGAAAACCUCAUCAAGAACAAAACUGAUUGUUUAUUAAAGGAUACAGAAAAUUAUGGCAACUGUUCCAGUGGUCCUUCUAAGCCAUUGCUAUGUGGAUUUAGCCCAGAUCCUAAUAAAACGGAAUGUCCUUUGAACAGCGUUUGUGUGAAGCGUAAAGAGAAUCCUGAUUUUGGAUAUACUAGUUUCGAUCACUUGGGAUGGGCGUUCCUCUCAUUAUUUCGACUGAUGACACAGGACAGCUGGGAACGUCUCUACAGACAGAAGGAGAUGGUGAUGUCCUAUCAACUACCACUUGAAAUGCUUGAUGAUCCAUUUCAAAGGCAGAAAUUAACAAGUGCUGCCAAUGUGAUUAGCAAAACUAUGGAAUGGGAAGAACCUAAAUUUGAAUUUCCUCCUGGCCUGAAAGAAGCUAUCAAAAAGCAUCUUACUUGGCAGUGCUGUUCGCUGUGGCUGCAAAUAAAGAACAUAUUGAAGAAAAUAAUGAUAAAUCCUUUAAUGGAACUAUUUAUUACACUGUGCAUUAUAGCAAAUACCCUGCUCAUGGCAUUGGAAAAACUUUCAUUAUCAUCAGAACAGGUUACUAAGGGAAAUAAUGUGUUCACUGCCAUUUUUAUGGCUGAAAUGGUCCUCAAGAUGAUUGCGCUAGAUCCGUAUUACUAUUUUCAGUGCCCCUGGAAUGUGUUUGACUUCAUUGUGGUUAUUAUCAGCAUAAUAAACAUGGCGCUCAACAUGCGAGCACCAAUUUUCAGAACGCUGAGAAUCUUCAAACUUUCAAAAUUUUGGCCAGCUUUAAAUAAGCUUAUGAAAAUAAUGUUGAAAUCAGUGGGCCCUCUGGGUAACCUCACCCUUGUUCUGAUAUUCACCGUGUUCAUUUUUGCUGUGGUUGGCAAGCAAGCGUUUGGGAUUUAUUACAGAGCGGUCACUGCGAAUGCUAGCAUCUGCAACAACAACAGUAUGCCCAAUUGUGUUUCCAGUAAUGAUUCUGAGACAUGCCAGUUGCGUUGGCACAUGAAGGAUUUUUUACAUUCGUUUCUUAUUAUAUUCCGAAUCCUGUGUGGAGAAUGGAUUGCUACCAUGUGGGAAUGCAUGCAAGUUGCUGGGGAAGGACGGUGCAUCAUUCUGUUCAUGCUGGUCCUGGUUUUAGGAAAUCUGGUGGUCCUCAACCUCUUUAUCGCUCUGUUGCUGAGUUCCUUCAGUAGCAGCGAUUGCGAAACAGAGGCGGAUAACUGCAAACCCCAGCCUGAAAAGGCUGUCGCACUCCUACAGAGGGGGCUGCGGUUUGUCAGACUUUUCCUGUGGGAUUGGUGUUGCAAUGUGUUCCUGAAGAAGAUGAAGAUAACAGGCACAAAGAAAAAGAACAAGGCAACUGUCACUGAAAAGUCCUGUGAGGCUGAAUCCUCGAAAGAGAUCUCAGAGAACUUUGCUAGCACGGAAUCCUUCGAGAAUUGGGAUAAACGUCCGUGGGAUAGGAAACAGGAAGAUUUUGCGACCGAUUACAGGGAACUUCCCUCUGUUCCCCUGGCUGAACUGGAGACAUUAAGUAUUGAGGAAAUGGAUCUUAGUACCCUGCUGGCUUGUCGGCUGGAAUGCCAGCAGCCCAGGUUUGAGACCCAAGGGCCAUGCGACAGGAUGAGCUCCCGUCCUUGCUCCAGCUCCUGCCAACUUAGCAGUUGGAAAGCAGGGCAAGCAGCUUUUGAAUUUAAAACCCAGGCAAAUGGCAUCCAUUCUUCAAAGAGAUCAGAUUAUGAUACGAGCUGUUCAGAGAUUAGCACGGUGGAUCAGAGAUCUCCUAUCAAUCCGGUGCCUGAAGUGAAGAAGGAACCUCAGGAUUGUUUCCCACAAGUCUUCAUGAAAUUGUUUCCAUGGUGCAGAGUGAAUACAGAUGUAUUUCCAGGCAACACGUGGUGGAAAUUUAGGAAAACCUGCUACAAAAUUAUAAAACACAAUUGGUUUGAAUCCUUUAUUAUAUUCAUGAUAUUACUGAGUAGUAGUGCUCUGAUCUUUGAAGACAUUUACCUUGAUAGAAGGAAAACCAUAAAAAGCAUUCUUGAGUAUGCCGAUGUAUUCUUUUUCUGUAUAUUUUUCUUGGAGAUGCUUCUCAAAUGGGUGGCCUAUGGCUUUAGAAAAUAUUUUACUGACGGCUGGUGUAUUCUUGAUUUCUUUAUUGUAUGUGUAAGUACCAUAGGUACAACAAAGACUAGACAGUGUGAUAGUAAUAUCUCCACAAAAUCUUUAAGAACAUUGAGGGCCCUGAGACCUCUCCGAGCACUGUCUAGAUUUAAAGGAAUAAAGGUUGUUGUGAACGCCCUUGCCGGCGCCAUCCCUUCCAUUGGAAAUGUGCUUCUUGUCUGCAUUGUACUCUGGCUUCCCUUUAAUAUCUUGGGAGUGCAGCUGUUUGGAGGGAAAUUUUCAUGCUGGAAAUUUGAAACUAAGAAUAAUUGUGUUAACAACCCUAUCAACUUUGAUCAUGUUGGGAACGGGUAUCUGGCUCUCCUUCAGGUGGCAACAUUUAAAGGCUGGAUGGAAAUUAUGUAUGCUGCAGUAGAUUCACCCACUGACAAUUCUACCCAACCAUGUUUUGAAAGCAAUGUAUAUGCAUACAUUUACUUCGUGGUCUUUAUUAUAUUUGGAUCCUUCUUCAUGCUGAACCUCUUCAUUGGUGUGGUUAUCGACAAUUUUAACCAGCAAAGAAAAAAGAUAAGUGGAGAACUCAUCUUUUUGUCAGAGGAUCAAAAGAAAUAUUAUAAUGCACUAAAAAAGCUUGGUACCAAGAAACCACAUAAGACUAUUCCACGACCUCUGAACCAGUUCCAAGGAUUUCUUUUUGAUAUCGUAAACAAGCAAGCCUUUGAACUUUUCAUUAUAAGCCUUAUCUUCCUGAACGUGCUGGUCAUGGCUGUGGAAUACGAAGGUCAAGACGUGGCUGCCGACCAACUUCUAGAAAAGAUCAACUGUGCCUUUGUUGCCCUCUUCACUGGCGAGUGUUUAAUGAAGCUGCUGGCUCUGAGGCUCUAUUUCUUCAAAGACUCCUGGAACAUAUUUGAUCUGGUGGUUGUAAUUCUUUCAAUAAUUAGCCUUGCCGCAACCCAGCUUUGGCGACGUCUCAAUUUCCCGCCGACAAUCUUGCGAGUCAUUCGAGUGAUCCGUAUCAGCCGCCUCCUGAGGCUGAUCCGAGGCGCGAGGGGACUGCGCACCCUGCUUUUCGCCCUGUUGAUGUCCCUUCCUGCUCUCACCAACAUUGGGCUCCUCCUUUUCUUGAUCAUGUUCAUUUAUGCUAUAUUUGGCAUGGCUAAUUUCUCCUGCGCGAGCUGGCUACAAGGGAUUGACAAUAUUUUCAACUUCCAGACCUUUGGCAAUAGCAUGCUUUGCCUCUUCCAGAUCACAACCUCUGCCGGCUGGGAUGAACUUCUUGGACCGAUGGUCAUCCAUCAGGACGACUAUUUCUGUGCUCCGAACAUCAACUCCAUGCCCCAGAAGAACCCCUGCGUCAACAGCAAGCUGGCCAUUGCCUAUUUUGUCAGCUACAUCAUUAUUUCGUUUCUGAUUGUAGUUAACAUGUACAUCGCUGUCAUCAUUGAGAAUUUGAAUGUUGCCACCGAAGAGAGCACAGAGCCACUAGGGGACGACGACUUUGAAAUAUUUUAUGAGAUCUGGGCGAAAUUUGACCCCAAAGCAACCCAGUUCAUUUCUUACUCAGCACUGUCCAACUUUGCAGAUGCUCUGGCAGAACCUUUACGAAUACCGAAACCAAAUAGCCAGCAAUUGUUGUCCAUGGACCUUCCGAUAGUCAAUGGGAAUAAAAUCCACUGUUUGGAUAUUUUGUUUGCUUUUACGAAAAGGGUGCUAGGAGAAUCUGGAGAAAUGGACUCGUUUGAGUCCCAAAUAGAGGAUAAAUAUCCGGAGAAGAUUGCCUAUGAGCCUAUUGUGACAACUCCCAAGAGAAAGCAGGAUGAGUCUGCCAUCGUAAUUCAAAGAGCUUUUCGGGUGCACCUCCACCGUGUAGGAAAGAAAGCAUCUCAGGAACCCUGUGUAACUAUCUCCUUGGAGAAUAUUCCAGAAGAGGAAAACCUAUCUGUGUUCAGCCUGAGUGAAAUUGAAGACAGCCAGUCUAAUAAUUCUCAGAGCUUAUCUUCGGUUGUCAUUCCUCCAUCCUACAGCAAUGUGACUAGCAUGGCUCCUGACAUUCAACAGGAGAAGUUCCCUGACAGUAAUGGCAACACAAAGUGA